GGGUUUGCAUUUCAACAAAUAAAACCUCUCUCUCUCUCUCUCUCCGUCUAUUCGCGGUGGAAGAACUAAACCCUUCCCGAAAUGGCAACCUCUCACCUCCUUCGUCUCAAACCACAGGGUUUGCAUUUCAACGGAAGAGGGCUUACCCGAUCAACAAAAUGGUACUUUAUUUCUUCUUUUUCCAGUGAUGGGACUGAGAAAUCUUCGUUUUUGAAGGGAUUGAAGGGAUCAAAGGAGGGCAAAGCAGGUGAUAAAGAACCAAAGAAUGAAAGUGGGGUAUGGUUUAAGGGAAUUCUAUCAAACUUAAAGCAAACGGUUCUAGGAAGUCUUUGGUUUCAGAAAUCCAUUUCCAGGGAAACAUCAGAUGCCAAAGUUGACACUGAAGAAUAUGAUGUUACCGCGACAGAGCAUAGUUCACCUUCCACUAAAUCUUUCAAGUCUGUAGAUGUACCUAAAUCAACGGAAUUUGUAAUGAGUUCUCCUGGUGGAUCAAAGGUUGAUUCAUCCUGUUCAGCAUCUGAUACAAUUGGAGGAAAUGCUUUUGAGGAGCCGGAUGUAAAUGCAAGCAGUUCUGAUAAUGUUGCCCUUGGUGACAUUCAAACUAUAGUUCAUCCACCAGAAGCUGUAAGAGUUUCUCAUGGCUAUGAAUUAAGUACUUCAGUUACUGAUGUACUGGAGAAGAACUCUUUGAAAAUGAAUCAAUCAAGAAAGCUUUCGGAUAUAUUUGGGAAAAAGAUGGAAAAUAAUGCUGAGCGAUUUCAAGGGGCAAUGUUGGAUGUACUUGAGCCGAUUAGCAAAAAACCUGCAACUUUCCCAGAUGGCAAAAACGACUUAUUUGAAAUUAUUAACCAUCUACCUGGGAACAGAACUGCAACUUUUGUUCAAAGGCCAACUGCAAGCACUAAUUCAGGCAAAAACCAUACAUCAUCCGAAAGUUCUUCAAGAGUUGAGGACUUGAUGAAUGUCAUGCUGAGAAAAACGAAUGAUCCAACAGCAGGAGAAAUGGCAGGUAAUGUGCAUAAUACUCUAGCACCAACUGAAUCUUCGAAAGGGAAGAAAAUAGAGAAGAACAUUAAAAUAAAUGGUUUAUUUGAAGAAAUGAAGGGACUAUUUGGAGAAGAACAAACUAUCAAGGCUCAAGAGAGGACUAUCCCAGAUGCAACUGAUCAACGUAGCAUUGGAGGGUUCCUUAAAAAUGAUCAGAGCUCAGCUAACUUUCAGGAAUCUGAUGUUCAAAAAAUAUUAUGGAAAGUAAAAGGUUUACUGGGAGAAGAACUAACUGUGAAGGCUCUGGAGAGGAUAAUCUCUAAUGUAACUGAUCAACAAAGCAAAGGAGGCUUCUGUAACAAUGUUCGGAGCCCAGCUAACUUGCAGAACUCUGAUGUUAAAAGAAGACGUACAUUAUUGAAACAAACAUUUGGAGAAGAACAGUCAAGUUUUCUUACUGAAUCCAUAAGUGAGAAGGAGGAUAGCAACUUGAAUUUGACCAAUUCCAAUAAUAUAAAAUCAGGGCCGAACUCUAAUGCUUCGCAUUCAGUUAGCAGAGAAGAGGUUGGAAGCCAUUUACAAACUUGUUUCCUCAGCGAACAAGGAUCUAAGGAUAACAAAGUACUUGUCCGGUUUUUGACCAAAAAAGUUGAGAAGCACAAUAUACUUGAAUCUUUCAGUGAUUGCGGCCCCGUUGUGAACAUAGAGGAAUUUUCCUCUACUAAACAGAGCUCUUUCAAAGAUUUUUUGAUACAUUUUGAGACAAGGGAAGGUUCUGAAACUGCUCUCAAGAAAAAUGAUCCCAUUAUUAUGAAUGCAGAAGCCUUUGUGGAGUCAAUUUCUUCAGAAGACUCAGGUAGUGCGAUUUCCAUUCCUGAUUUGAUUGGCGAUCCUGAGGCUCCAAGUGCAUUAGUGAAGAAUCCUACCAAAACAGUUAAAGUCAAACACCUGCCUGAGGAUAUAAGCUCACAGAAGCUGAAAGAAGAACUUGCCUUUUGUCAUUCUAACAUAUCCAACAUUUGCUUCGGUUCCACAAGUUCUGCCGUAUAUGUCGAGUUUGAGACAGAAGAUGCCAAAGAGAGAGCACUUGCACAACAAUCCAUUCUUGUUUCGGGAAGAAAGCUAUCGAUCCUCAGGAUUGAUGCACCAAUGACAACAGUCGUGAGGAUAUCAAACGUUAACCAUAAUAGCGAUUUCCGGAAAAUAUGCAAUUCUUAUGGAGAAGUAAAGUAUUUGGUGACGAGAACUAUGGGCGUUGUGGAUGUCCAUUUCAAGCUUGCUGAAUGGCCUAACAUGCUGAAUAUUGUAAAUAGUUUGAAUGGACUUGAAGUGGAUGAGAACCGGUGGCUUGCGCUGCCAGCUCCCGUCUUUCCUCCUGUAAUUCUCAGAGCCCUUUGGUGUCGACCGGAAGAAAGGCAACAUGUGAAUGCCGUGAUCUACAAGUUAUUGAGAGAAGUUGAAAAACCCAUUUCUACAACUGAGUUGAGUCAGUCGACAAACCUUGCUACCAGGUAUUGUGGGAAAGAAUUUUAGUUAACGAACAUUAACUAUUUAUUGUCUACUGAAUUUAAUCCAACAAAUGAAUCAGUAGAAAUGCAGUCUUUUGGAAUUU